AUGGUUAAUCCUCAACACUUGACGUACGAUGAGAGCAUACCGCCUAACUCCACCGCCGUCGCCAUUGACAAAGACAAGAACAGCCCUCAUGCCGUUCGUUGGGCGAUCGAUCAUCUUAUUAUAAGCAACCCGCUUAUCAUCUUGCUUCACGUUAAGCACAAGCACGAGAAUUCCAAUGGAACUACUGAUGUUGAUUCUGAUGCCGAAAUGCAACAGCUUUUCACUCCAUUCCGUGGUUAUUGUGCUAGAAAAGGGGUUUUAUUAAAAGAAGUUGUUCUUGAAGAUAAUGAUAUUCCUAAAGCACUCCUGGAUUAUGUCUGCAAGAAUGUACUCAACAACAUUGUUGUUGGGGCAUCAACAAGGAAUGCGCUUGCCAGUUAUGAAUCUUACAGGAAGUUCAAAAGUUAUGAUGUAUCAGCUAGUUUAUUGAAAUCAGCUCCGGAUUUCUGUUCCGUGUAUGUAAUUUCCAAAGGGAAGAUCAUCUCAGUGCGGACCGCUCAGCGGCCUGCUGCUAAUACUCCCGCCCCUCCAAGGCAACCGUCUGCCGGAAUUCCACCUCAGUUCCCAUCCGAUCGCGAUCGCGGCGAUGGAGACGAUGCCUCCAGGGGACAAGCAAUGAAAGGAAUGUUUAGGGUUUCAGGAUCAUCAGAUAGAAUAUCAUGGGAGAAAAACAACGAACAACCGAGAGGAGCAUCACGGGAUAGACAGAAAAGUUCUCCAACGAAUAUGUCAAUGGAAAGUAUCGAAUAUGCUCCUCGUGGAUCAAGGAGUUCAAUGAGCCGUGAUUCUUUUUCCGACAAUUCUGAGUAUUCAGGGCCACCUGCUGUGGGAUCCAUGGAUAUGUCAGCUCAUAAUCUAGAUUUCUCAAGUGUCAAUCUUAGCCCUGCAACUUCAGCAUCUUCACGUGAAAUCGAGUCCGAGAUGAGAAGAUUAAAGCUGGAACUCAAACAGACCAUGGAACUGUACAGCUCAGCUUGCAAAGAAGCACUCAAUGCUAAAAAGAAGGCUAACGAGCUUCAUCAAUGGCAAAUAGAGGAGGCUCAGAAAUUCGAGGAGGCUAGGCAAGCCGGAGAGGCAGCUCUUGCAGUUGCAGAGAUGGAGAAGGCUAAGUGCCAAGCUGCAAUUGAAGCAGCCGAGAAAGCGCAGAGGCUAGCAGAGAUGGAAGCACAGAGAAGAAGGCAUGCAGAGAUGAAAGCUAAGAGAGAGGCUGAAGAGAAGAACCGCGCUCUGAAUGCAUUGGCACAUAAUGAUACCAGGUACCGAAGAUACAAUAUAGAGGAGAUCGAACAAGCUACAAGUAAUUUCGCAGACUCCAUGAAAAUUGGUGAAGGUGGAUAUGGACCUGUGUAUAAAGGCAAACUAGAUCACACCGCAGUUGCUAUCAAAGUUUUAAGACCUGAUGCUGCUCAAGGCAAGAAGCAAUUUCAACAAGAAGUUGAGGUUCUAAGUUGCAUUAGACAUCCAAACAUGGUGCUUCUUCUUGGUGCCUGUCCUGAUUAUGGAUGUUUGGUAUAUGAAUACAUGCACAAUGGGAGCUUAGAAGAUCGAUUGUUGCGAAGAGGCAACAGCCCUCCACUUUCAUGGAGGAAAAGGUUCAAAAUCGCGGCGGAGAUUGCCACUGCCCUUCUGUUUCUUCACCAAGCAAAACCAGAGCCGCUUGUGCAUAGGGACCUGAAGCCGGCUAACAUCCUCUUAGACAGAAAUUAUGUGAGCAAAAUCAGUGACGUUGGGCUUGCAAGGUUAGUUCCGCCUUCUGUUGCCGAUAGUGUCACACAAUAUCACAUGACUUCAGCUGCAGGAACAUUCUGUUACAUAGAUCCUGAGUAUCAACAGACAGGAAUGUUGACUACGAGAUCGGAUAUAUAUUCACUGGGGAUAAUGUUGCUUCAAAUCAUCACGGCGAAGCCUCCAAUGGGUAUAGCUCACCAUGUUGGGAGGGCCAUUGAGAAAGGAACUUUUGAAGAGAUGCUUGAUCCAGUAGUUCCUGACUGGCCUGUUGAAGAUGCUCUAAGUUUCGCGAAAUUGGCUAUAGGUUGUGCAGAACUGAGGAAGAAGGACAGACCUGAUCUGGGGACAGUUAUAGUACCAGAACUUAACCGGUUAAGAGAGCUUGGAAAGAGGGCGGGUGAAUCACUCCAACUUAGUGUUGCCAACCACCAUGGAUACAGCAGUGUUCAUGGUCGCAACUCUGCACCGCGUUCUCCUUUGACAAGUUCACAUCCAACCAUAUCUAAUACAAGCCACUCGACAGAUUCAACCUAG